CCCGGAGUUCCCAAGGUCACGCGAACUCGCGGCCGAAAAGGUCACGGCGCAUGCGCUCUGCCAAGUCGCACUCCACUCUCUUCCGCUCCUCUGCUCCCGCAGAGUUGGACCCAGUCCGUCCCUUCACUGGCUCCGCCCCAGUGGGCGUGGCCAAGGCCGCACCCACCUCUGGGCCCCCUCCCAGUGUAGAACUAACUCGAUCCUUUUUCCGUGGCUGCUGCGGCGUCAUUCCAAGUGUUGCUUGAGCAGUGUGCGCUUGACUGCGGGGGCUGGAGCGGCACCGAAAUGGCUGUGGUGUUGAGACGAAGCAGCGGGGUCCUGAGAAGUAUUUCUCGUUUUGACUGGAGAUUACUACACACAAAACCUGCUGUAAAACAUGAACCGGGAUUGGGAUUUAGUUUUGAGCUCACUGAACAACAGAAAGAAUUUCAAGCUACUGCUCGAAAGUUUGCCAGGGAGGAAAUAAUCCCAGUUGCUCCACAAUAUGACAAAUCUGGGGAGUACCCUGUCCCCCUAAUUAAAAGAGCCUGGGAACUCGGCUUAAUGAAUACACACAUCCCAGAAAGUUGUGGAGGUCUUGGACUUGGAACUUUUGACGCAUGUUUAAUUACUGAAGAAUUGGCUUAUGGAUGUACCGGGGUUCAGACUGCUAUUGAAGCAAAUUCUUUAGGGCAAAUGCCUGUGAUUCUUGCUGGAAAUGAUCAACAAAAAAAGAAGUAUUUGGGAAGGUUGACUGAGGAGCCAUUGAUGUGUGCCUACUGUGUUACGGAACCUGGGGCAGGCUCUGAUGUAGCUGGUAUAAAGACCACAGCAACAAAGAAAGGAAAUGAAUAUAUUAUUAAUGGCCAGAAGAUGUGGAUAACCAAUGGAGGAAAAGCCAAUUGGUACUUUUUAUUGGCUCGUUCUGAUCCAGAUCCUAAAACUCCUGCUAGUAAAGCCUUUACUGGAUUUAUUGUAGAAGCAGAUACCCCAGGAAUACAGAUCGGAAGAAAGGAAAUAAAUAUGGGCCAGAGGUGUUCAGAUACUAGAGGAAUUGUCUUUGAAGAUGUGAAAGUGCCUAAAGAAAAUGUCUUAAUUGGUGAAGGAGCUGGUUUCAAAAUUGCAAUGGGAGCUUUUGAUAAUACCAGACCUCCAGUUGCAGCCGGUGCAGUGGGACUUGGACAGAGAGCUUUGGAUGAAGCUACCAAGUAUUCCCUGGACAGGAAAACUUUUGGAAAACUGCUUGCAGAGCACCAAGGGAUUUCGUUUUUGCUGGCUGAAAUGGCAAUGAAAGUUGAAAUAGCUAGGUUAGCUUACCAGAGAGCAGCUUGGGAGGUUGAUUCUGGUCGUCGAAAUACCUAUUUUGCCUCUAUUGCAAAAGCAUAUGCUGGAGAUAUUGCAAACCAAUUAGCUACUGAUGCUGUGCAGAUUUUUGGCGGCAAUGGAUUUAAUACAGAGUAUCCUGUAGAAAAAUUAAUGAGAGAUGCCAAAAUCUAUCAGAUCUAUGAAGGUACAGCACAAAUUCAAAGGCUUAUUAUAGCCCGUGAACACAUUGCCAAGUUUACAAAAUAACAGCAUCCUUAUAGAACUAUAUGAGUUCUUGUUGAGUAAUUAUAACAUAAUCUAAUAUUUAAGUUUUAGGGACAUAAAGGACUAUAGUUUUUUUUUCUAGUAAAAAUUUUAAAGUAAGUACUGUUGCACUAAAUGUAUGCUAUUGACGCUAGUAGUAGUUUUCUAUUUUAAUGUUAUUACUUGCCUUUUCUCAGAUACACUUGGUUUCAUUAAAUUGUCUUCUCCUUAGUACAAUUGUACUUAAAUUCUAUCAACCUAGAAAAAUACACGUUCUGUUAUUCUUUUUACUUAUUUUUAAUAGAAAUUCUUGCCUUUUUUCAGAUAGAUCUGGUUUCAUUAAAUUGUCUUCUCCUUAGUACCAUUGUACUUGAAUUACUUGAAUUUCAUUAACCGAGAAAAAUACAUAUUUUGUUAUUUUUUUACAUUUUUUAAUAGAAAUUCCUUAGAAUUUCAGUUCUUUAAAAUGAAAAAAAAAAAGACUUUGAAAAUAGUUUCCAGAAUAUUCAGAAAUUUACAUUGAGAAAAUAUGAUUUGGUAUAUAAAAGACUUUAUUGACAUACUGGAAUUGUGUUACAGAGAUCAUUUGCCUACAUUUUGAAAAGUACUUGUUUUCAGUUUUACAAUAGUAACAGUCCAAAAUAUAGUGUACGUGUCUGAUGUUCUAUUAUAUAUCAAUCAGUAGUUACUUGAAAAUCUUUUUUAAUUCUAAGCCCACAAUUCACUUGCUUUUUGUAAAAUCAUCAAUAAAACUUGGCCCAAAUUAUUUUAUGACUAUUGUUCUCUGGAUGACUUUUGAUCUAUUGUAUACAAUAUUAUGUGUAUACAUCAUGAAAAAAACAAAUAAAA